AUGAAUGACUCUAGGCAGCAGUCACUGUUCUUCAUCACACUUCCAGAUUUACACAAACUCUGUGCUGUCAGGAUAAUAUUGAGUAAUGGAGUGGCAGAUAAUGAGAUGAGGAGUACACAGCUGAAGAUAUGCAGGCAAUUGCUGUUCUUGCACCAAGAUAUCCUGACAUCACCUGUACCUGAAAUAUUUACCCAAAUUUGGGUGGUGAUGGCGAUACCAUUUUAUAAAGCUGGAAAACUUAAUGCCUAUAUUCAAAAAUAUGGAGCUAAGGUGGAGGCUCCACAACGAGUAAUUCCUGUAAUUCUUCAAAACUGCCUUUCAUAUUCACUCACAGCUAGACUUGCUCCAGCCUGGAAUAAAGCUGGCCAUCUCUUGGUGCAAGGAAGAGAAUUUCUUUCUCAGAUGGGAAAGCAAAGUGCUGUUGUAUUAGACAUCAAUGUAACAGAAACUCAAGUUUGUCUAAGCAUAGAAGCUUACACAAUCAGACUGCCACCACCUCAGCUAAGAGAAUUUGAUAUUUCUCAAAGUAUUAUAAAGGAUUUUGAAACUAACAAGAAUGCUGUUAUUACGGGACAUUCGAUUUUGAGCAACUGGUGCUAUGUUUUGCCAAGUAUGAAAAUGGGACAAAUAAUAAGUAUUCUUCACACCAUACCCCCUGACUGUCCUUUUCACUCAUAUGAAGAUUUCCAGAUGCACUGGGAUGACCUGUAUAGCUAUAAGCUUCCAGAAAAUUAUGGAACUACUAAAAUAUACUGCAGCAUCUACUUCAAAAUGAUAGGAAGAAGGAUCUUCACAUACCCUCUCAGUUGCAUCAGAAGUCAGCCCAUACAGUUCUUUCCAAGGGUAGAUAUGGAAAGUGUGUUGAAAAGUUUUCUUUCAGAUUUAAAAUCUAAGCUGCCCCAUAUAUGUGGAUUUCCCAUAAAGAUGACAACUAAACCGUUGUACUACACACAAGAACUAACUAAACUGUAUCUGCAGGAAAAGAAAGUCAAGCCGCCUAAUCUAACCACUAAACAAAAGUUCAGGUCCUCUCUGGCUCAGGCCCCUUCCACAAGACCUGCCCAGGCUCAAAGUAUUCCACUUCAUUCAGUAGCCACAGACCACAAGAUGGAGCUUUCGGUCAGCCAGCCGAAGCCCUAUGUGUCCUCAACUCUGCACCUCCAGCCAGAAUCUGUUCAGAGCAGAAAGAAAUCCCUGCCUGACAAGGCAGCACAAGUACAUCUGGAAGUACCAAAGCUCAACAGAGGAAGUACUCAAGUUCAAGACACAGAUUUUAGCUCCCAACAUAAUAUUGCCCCUAAAUUCAUACCAGUUUUCAAAAAUCGACAAUUACAGAUGAACAAAAAUAUCUUAGAACCUGACAACCUGAAAAGAAAACAUGUUGUUACAGAAUCUAAGUUGCUUUCACUUAAAACUAGUGUGAUCCAGGAUGAUAAACUGAAUUUAGAUCCAGCUAUUAAAAAAAGAUCUAAUCGCAGCAUUCAGAUGAAGACUUCUAGAUCUCUGCAAGAAAAAAACACGGAGUCCUUUGAAAAUAUGACAGAAAAUCCCCCUUCUAGUGGAAAAUUAUCGGUCAUGAGUUUAAGUGAAAUUAAACAACUACCUAAUAGUUCAGUAUUUCAGAUGUCAAGUAACAAGUUAGGUGUAAUAAAAAGUGCUGUUGACUUCCAAGUGAAUGAAAAAGAAAAUUUGACAAGCAAAUACAUAACACAAAUUUUAGGGAAAGGCCACGAGUCACUAAAAGUGAAAAGACCACCACACAUUUUUGAAUCAGACACAGAAACGGAAGAUUCCCAACUGCUGCAGCAACAAUCAGUUGAUCAAACUAAAGAAGCUGAUGUAAGUGACCACCGGUUAAUAGUAAGCAGAACAGCCCACAAGUCUAAAAGGAAAUUAUGUCAGGACUCUUCAGAAACUUCAAAGAAGCCUCACUCCAAUACUAUCCAUUACGGACAAUCCAGUUCUUCUAAGAACCAGAUACAUAACUUGGACAAAUCAAAACAGAAGAAAUCUCUCAUCAUUCCUAAAGCUUAGGACAUGGAUGUGAAAAAAGGAAAUAUCCAUCAGAGAUAACCACUCUGAACAGUGGAUGGACACACAUGCACUCCUGUGAACAUGGAAUCAGGCUCCAUACGCUGCUGUGGAAACUCUUUUAUCACUCAGCAGGUUUCUUCAUAGUUGAAUAGUGUUCCAUUGCAAUGUGGAUAUCCUAUAUUUAACUAUCCCUACUGAUUGACAUUUAAGUUGUUCGCAACCUUUCACUAUAACAACGUCAUGUAAUUAGUCUAGUACAGAUCUUUGCAAAAUGCCAGUUAUAUAGUAGUUUUGUUAGUUGGAAAUAUCUUUAUUUUGUCUUUUUAUUAUUGAAAUGUAUUUGAAUUCAUUAUUUUUACUGUUGAAAUUUUCAAACCACACAAUAUGCAUAGUAUAAAAAACCUCUCAGUACCUAUCACCCUGCUUCAACAAUUAUUAAUAUUUUGCCACUCUGUUUCAUCUGUUUCUCACAGAUACACUUUUUUUCCAGUAUAUAUGUAUACAGAUACACUAUUUUAAAGCAAAUUCAAUAUGUCAUAUAGUUUUACCCAAAAAUACUUUAGUGUAUAUCUCUUACAGAUAAGGUAUAGCAUAUUUUUAAAGAAAAAAAAGAAUGUGUAUAUAUACAUUAAAUUUGGGGGGGUCUACCAUAUCUUCAUUGAUUCACUAACUUUCAUUUUAGUGUAAAUAUGCAAACUAACGGGAAGCCCUCAAUAAAAAUAAAAUCUAUUUCACAGAAGAACUAGAGCCUUCAAUCAUAUAAUCAAAAUAUUGGAGGGAGAUUUAUUUGUUCAGCCUUAUUUAUUAAGCCUAUGCUAUAUGCCAGGUAGUAUGUUAUACACUGGGUUACUGAAAUAAGACUGCAAUCGGCCAUGUGGUCUCUUUUCCAGCAAACCCAUUCUGGGUGCCUGGCAAAGACAUAGGAGUAUAAAUGUAUUGAAACAAAUGUCAACAAUGAUAUUUGGUCCAUAUUACAAAUAAAUUAUCUAAUAUAUAAAAAGAGGGAAACAGAAAUGGAGCUUCUCUCCUAACUAGUAUUAUUCUGGCUUUCAAACAUUUUAGAAAUUUAAUUUACAAAAUGCGGUAUAAUUGUUGUGGUAAGAUAUUUAAAGAAACCAAAAUCCUCAUUAAUAUUCCACUGA